AUGUUGUCAGAUAGUAAAUCGAGUGCCAUCCAUGUGGAAGAAUAUGACUAUACUGAUAAUGAUACAGAAAGAUUGGCCCAGGUAGUGACUGAAGAAUUAGCUCUUCGGAGUAAAUUAGGUUCAAAAACUAAGGAUUAUGGAUCAUUUUGUUCUUUAGAUGCAGAAGAACAUCAUAAAGCUACACAACAAUUAAUAGAAGUACCACAAGGAAGACAUUUGGGAAUAUAUUCUACUACAAUUUUAUUUGUUUCACGUAUAUUAGGAUCUGGUAUUUUCACUAUUCCUAGUAGUAUGUAUGUGAACUGCGGUGGUAAUAUCACGAUUUUCUUUGGUAUAUGGAUUCUAACUGCAAGUUUAGCAUUCGCAGGACUCUAUUUGUUUUUAGAGUUUGGAUCAUGGAUACCGAAAUCUGGUGGUAGAAAAAACUUUCUAGAACAAACUUAUACCAAACCGAAUUUAAUGAUGAGUGUCACUUUUGCAUGUUAUAGUUUGUUAUCUGGGUUGACACUUUCUAACUCGAUUGUUUUUGGGAAAUAUAUCCUAUAUGCUAUGGGAUAUGAUGAUAUCUCAGAGUCCAAUGAACAACGUAUGUCUAAACUAAUAAGUAUAUCUGUGAUUUUAGUUGCAAUUUUAAUCCAUGGUAUCUCAGUUCGUCAUGGUAUUUUUAUUCAAAAUUUAUUUGGUGGAUUGAAAUUGAUUAUGAUAUUGUUAAUGUGUGGUACAGGAUUAUAUUCAUUAUUUAUUUAUAAACCAAUUGAGGUUGAUUCCUCAGUUUUAUCAAACAAUUUUCAUUAUAUGACACUGGAAGAAGGUUCAAUGAUUUCAAUAUCAUCUAUUGCAGCAGCUAUUACAAGCUCAUUUUUCUGUUUUGCAGGUUGGGAUUCGGUUCACUCAGUGGCUUCUGAAAUUAAAAACCCUUCGAGAACAUUGAAAAUUUCAGGUCCAAUAUCCCUUUUAAUAUGUUUCGUUUGUUAUAUAUUGGUGAAUCUAGCAUAUUUGAAUGUAUUAACAUUUGAAGAAAUUAAAGAAGCAGGUCCAUUAAUUGGUUCUGUCUUAUUCACAAAAUUAUUUGGCACUUUCAUCGGCGGUAAGAUCAUGUCGAUUACAGUCGCAUUAUCUGCUUUAUCAAAUAUAUUAGUGGUUACUUAUGGUAUCUCCAGAAUGAAUCAAGAAAUAUUUAGAGAGGGGUAUUUACCGUUUAGUAAAUUUAUGGCUAGUAAUUACCCCAGGGAUGCACCAUUGCCUUCUAUCGCUCUGUGUGGUAUAUUAACUAUUGCAUGGAUUCUUUUAUUACCUGGAGAUUCUGCAUCUUUUGAUUAUUUAAUAAAUAUGGAAGGAUAUGGGAAUCAAUUUUUCUUAUUCUUAGUGGCUUUGGGAUUAUUCAUAUAUAGACAUACCCACAAGUCCACUGAUCAAACGUUAAAACCGACUAUAAAAGCGUCAUCAAUUGGUGUUAUUGCACUAGGUAUGUUAAGUCUCUACCUUUUGGCUGCCCCCUUUAUUGAUCGGAAGGACCAAGCUGUCAAGGUGACAAGUAUGCCACCAUACCAAAUCACAACAUUAAUAAUGAUUGGUAUAUGUUUCCUCUAUUGGUUUAAGAUGUUUUACUUAUGUCCUAAGUUAGGUGGGUAUAAGUUAAAGGCCAAAUUUAUUGUUUUGAAUGAUGGUCUAAUCAUGACCAAAUGGGUUAAGAGAUAUAUUCAAUGA